GGCCUUGGCACUCGAGCGGCCGCAGACUGCGGUGGGAGUGUGUCGCGCCGGUUCUUACAUGCAGCUUUGGAUUGGKUUUAGGACGGCUUUAGGGGUGUGGAGGGACAAAUGUGCCCACUUUUGUCUGGAGCAGAGAGAAGCAACGAGAGAGGGAGCGCGCUCACCUGACCAAACUCCAUGCAAAUCAUUCCGCUGCUCCAGCCCCAUUGGACGCUCGUGGCUCAUUUAACCGCUGUCAGUGCGCAUCAUAUGGCCGCCGCUUUAACCAACUUCUUCAACUCAAACGGGGAAAGUGGCUCAAAUGCUCCAAUUUUGUCCCACUGGAUGUGAAGCAACCCAAAMGAAGACGAGGUGAAAUCCUGCGUGGAGAACACUUUUAUAUGCCUUCUCGGAUUAAUUUUCAUCUGCUGCUUGUUUCCUUUGGGGUUAGAAUUUUCGCAGCCACCGCGCGCUCGAACUUGUGUGCUCCUUGACCGAUCCUGAAACUGUUUUUAUUUAUUUWUUCUUCUCUGUUGGUGGUGAAGUUUAAAAGCAGGUGAAUGUAUAGCAUGAUGAUGGAAACUGACCUCCACUCCCCCGGCCCCCAAACGAACACGAGCACGGGGCCGAACGGCGGUUCCAAUAAAGCGAACCAGGAGCGCGUAAAGAGACCAAUGAACGCGUUYAUGGUGUGGUCCCGCGGGCAGCGCAGGAAGAUGGCGCAGGAGAAUCCCAAGAUGCACAACUCGGAGAUCAGCAAGCGGCUGGGUGCCGAGUGGAAAGUGAUGUCCGAGGCGGAGAAGCGCCCCUUCAUCGACGAGGCRAAGCGGUUGCGCGCCAUGCACAUGAAGGAGCAUCCGGAUUACAAGUACCGGCCCAGGCGGAAGACCAAGACGCUGCUGAAGAAGGACAAAUACUCCCUGGCUGGUGGGUUGCUGUCUGGACCCAGCGCCGGUGGGGGAGUUGGUUUGACUGUCGGCAUGAGCUCAUCCGGGGUCGGACAGAGGUUAGAGAGCCCCGGGGGUCACGGAGGCUCCGCCAGCUCCGGCUAUGCGCACAUGAACGGCUGGGCGAACGGCGCGUACUCGGGGCAGGUGGCUGCAGCCGCUGCGGCUGCGGCGAUGAUGCAGGAGGCUCAGCUCGCCUACAGCCAGCACCCCGGCAGCGGAGCGCAUCACCACCACCACUCCCACCACCAUCACUCCCACAACCCGCAGCCCAUGCACCGCUACGACAUGACGGCUCUGCAGUACAGCCCCAUCUCGAACUCUCAGAGCUACAUGAACGCCUCCCCGUCCAGCUACGGCGGGAUCACCUACACGCAGCACCAGGGCUCCGGCGUCUCCUCCUCGGCCGCCAUGGGGACGUUAGGUUCGUUGGUGAAGUCGGAGCCGAGCCAUAGUGACCAUCACAACUAUCACCAGUGGAUGUGGAUCACCGAGGAGGGACUGUGAUUUACAGAUAGCAGCUCGUCUCGUCCAUCGGCACCCCAUCAUUACAUCAAGCAGGAGAUAGGUGCUGUGAGACGAGAGGAAAAAAGGGACCUUUUUGUAAAUGUCAGCAACAGUCAGAGCCUCAAAUUUCCUCCAUUAACUCUUUCCUCCGUGAUGCUCUGUACUCUGAACCCCUUAAUUACAUAAUGUCCUUCCUCAUAUUGCCUGGUGUUUGAUGCAUCUAGACAACACAUGUACACAAAGGGGUAAAAAAAAAAAGGCUGAAGUGACUACAGCUCUCCUUGCUUUUUUUGUUGUUAGCAGUAGAUCAGAUCUUUUGAAGUGGUGUUCUGUGGAAGGUUCCUAAAUGAUUAAUAUAUUGACUGUUGUAGAUACUACUUGUAUACUAGCUCUUUGAGCAACUGUUUGGAGUUUAAUUUUGACUGGAUCAAUGAACUGAAGGCUAGAUUACUAUUUCAGUCAGGACGAACUUUCAGCAAGAAUAUUUUAUUUCUGCAAGGGAAACAUAAAAGACACAAUAAAAAAUAAACAAUUUAAAACAAAAAUAAAUAAAUAAAAGUUUAAAAAUUACUCUCAGAAGUCAUUUGCAUACCUAAAAAAACUGUUUUCAGUCUGGAUUUAAACAUUGUCAGAGUGGAGACCUGUCUCACAUCUUCAGGAAGACUGUUACAUAUUUUAGGAGCACAACACUGAAAUUGAGCCUCACCUUGUUGGGCCCCAAAUCUGGGCAACUGUAAGAGAUUACUACCCAAGCUUCUUAGAGUCUGAGCUGGUUCAUAUAGCUCUAACAUAUCAGAUAUGUACACUGGCGCUAGACCAUGAAGACACUUGCACACAGGUAGAGCUAUUUAAAGUGUAUCUUACCCCCCCUUGAAAAGAUAACUCCGCCCCAAGGCGAAAUUUGAA